AUGGCAAUUGUUAAAGUACUGCGAUAUUUUGUAACAGCACAAAGUACAGUAUCCGCAUUGAGUGUUUUAUGUAAAUUUUCUGAAAACAGUAAUGUACAAAAAAUUUUAACUGUCGGUUAUUCUGCACAUAAUUACAACAAAUUCUUUCAUACGGAUUCGCAUCUACGCACAAUUGAAAAAAUCAGUGCAGUGAAAGGCACCAAAGAAAAUUUCUCUGCAUUACAAAUGAAAAAAAGACCUUUGCGAAAAAAGAGAACUCCAGCAGAAAACGACGAAGCACUUGUACCUGGUUUUUGGAGCGUGAAAGCAUUGGCAACUGCUGAAGAAUACAACUUGGAGAAUUUGAAAGAAGGUUUAAUCAAACAAAAUUUGUAUGUACCUGUUGAAAUUAGAACUUCUGCUAAACCCGUUCCUGAUGCAAUUCAAGCUGUAGCUAAGUAUGAAGUAGGCGAUGAACCAAGAGAAAUUUAUUUUUUUCGAGAGGGCACUGCAGUAAUGUGGAAUAUUACUGAUUUAGAAUGUAGUAAUUUGCUACGAUUUUUAAAACAAUACCAAUUUAGUAGUUACUCAUCAGAUGAGCUAGUUCAGGCUGAAGGAGAAGUAAUGCUUUAUACUUAUACUGAAUCUGGUAAACAUAGUCAUCUGAAAGAUGGUGAUAUAUAUCUCUCACCUGGUGCUACUCUUGAUAAGUAUACAUUCUCAAAUGCUAUAUCGCAAUCAGUUAAACUAGGCAUUUGGGAAGCUACGCUGGAUCGUUACAUAGAUUCUAUAGAAUUUGUAACUGAAGAUUUGAAACAUGGUCGACAAAUUAGAAUGUCUCGUGAAGAAGUAUUGAGGAAACAAGGCGAGCUUCUUGCCUUGAGGCAUUUAAUCAAUUUAAGCUCCGAUCUCCUGGACACUCCUGAUUUUUAUUGGGAACGUGAUGAUUUGGAAUCACUUUAUCAGCAAACUUGCGCUUACUUUAACAUUGCAAAGAGAACUAGAGUGACAAAUGAAAAAAUCAAUCACUGCGUUGAACUAGUUGAGUUGCUCUCCUCGCAUCUCAGCGACCGACAUCACGUUCGUCUGGAAUGGAUGAUCAUAGCUUUAAUUAUGGUUGAAGUUGGCUUUGAGAUUUUGCAUUAUGUAGACCGCUAUUUAGCAAAACAAGAAAAUGAAUUAAUUGAAAGGCCAAAUGUUAUUACAUUACAGUAA